GACAGAUCCAAAUGUGUCCUUUCAUAAACAUAGAAUGUCUAACCGUCAGUGAAAGCAUCACGCUUCCUUCCUGUUUUCUCUUCCUCUGACAGCCUGCCGGCCUCACAGCUCACAAGCCUCCAUCCUCCUGCAUCCACCUGCUGCUCGCCAUGGAGGACGUCUACGUCCGGCACGUUGAGCUGCUGGGCAUCGAGAAACGCUUCUUCCCGACUCAGCACUUUGUGUACAUGCUGAUGGUGAAGUGGAGCGACCAGUCGGAGAAGCUCAUCUACAGGAGCUAUCCUGAAAUCCACACUUUCCAUAAAUCCCUGAAGGACAUGUUUCCCAUCGAGGCUGGUCAGAUCGAGGCGAAGGACAGAAUCAUCCCUAAACUCCCAGCUCCACGAUGGCUGGAGAGCCAGAAAUCCAGAGAAAACAGAAAGACGACCUUGGUGGAUUACUGCCACCUGCUGGUCAGCCUGCCGCCCCACAUCUCCCGCUGCAAAGAACUCUCCAACUUUUUCAAGGUUCGCCCUGAGGAUGAAAACCCACCGGCGCCAAACAUAACCAAGAGAAACCAGACCUUUGUGGUGUCUAAAGAACCGGCCCAGGGCACUGCUGCUGAGAUCUCUGGGCCCAUCAUCCUGGACACCUACAGAGUGAUUGCAGACUUUGAAAAAACAUCUAAACACGAGCUCAACCUGCACGACGGCGACCUCGUGGAGAUCUUGGAGAAAAAUUCGAAUGGUUGGUGGUUCUGUCAGUGCGAGGCCAAACGGGGAUGGGUGCCUGCAUCUUACUUGGAGCCGCUGGAUGGACCGGAGGAGGCAGAGGAGGCAGAACCUGACUAUGAAGGAGAGCUUCACGUCACCACCAACGCCUACAAGGCGGAACAGGACGACGAGAUCUCUCUGGACCUGGGGGAGACCGUGGAGGUUAUUCACAAGCUGCUGGAUGGAUGGUGGGUGGUCAGGAAAGGGGAUGAGACUGGUCAUUUUCCAUCAAUGUUCCUGACCAAAGCCAGCAAGAGAAUUCAGACGCUGAGGACCAACCUGCAUGGACAGAGGCCUCCUCCACGCAGGUCCACCAUCAAAAAUGCCAAAAGCAUCCAUAACAGGUCUCGCCAGCGGCUCUCUCAGGAAGCCUACCGCAGGAACAGUCGCAGAUACCUGCAGCAGAAAGGCGGCCGCCUGGCCUCGCCUCACAGGAGCUCCAGAGGCUCGGGGAAGUCUCCUCUGACGGAGAGGAAGAACCACGAUAACAUUCCUGAGCUGCAUGGAUCGGAGACCGAGACGAAGAGGGAAACCCCGGUCAUCCCCCCCCGGCCCAGUCCUGAGCUCAUCCUGGAGCGCUGCACUGCAAACACCUGCAAGAAAGUCAGCAUACACAGGUCCCAGUCCGGUUCUUCCAGCCAGAACCAGGACCAAAAAAAGUAAAGCGAGCUGUUCCUCUCAGAUCGAUCACUGCUGCAGUUUCUGCAGCUUUCAGCGCCAAACAUGAAUGUUUUUGGUCAUACUGUCAGAUGACAGUACAGAAACCACCAGCAAACCAGAACCUGCAUAGCUUUGCUGUGGGAGGAGCUUCUGCUUGCGUUCCUUUCUAAAUAAAGUCAUUUAGCUGAAGAUAAA